AUGGAUCUACCUAACAUCUCCACCAAAUCAAACGUAGCUCAUGACGUUUUCCCUUACCUUAUUGAAUACAAAGAUGGAACUAUAGAAAGAUUAGCCGGAACCAACAAAGCACCUCCAGGGUUUGAUCCUACUACUAGGGUCACCUCCAAGGAUGUCAUACUCGUAUCCGACACACGUCUUUCCGCUAGGCUCUACCAUCCUAUGACGACUACGAUCACCAAUGAGAAAUUACCACUAGUCUUAUAUUUCCACGGGGGAGCCUUCCUUAUAGCCUCCCCCGCGGAACCCCUCUACCACAAUUUUUGCAACAAUCUAGCAGGGUCUACCAAGGCCUUGGUAAUUUCACUAGACUACAGGUUAGCACCCGAAUACCCUCUUCCCAUCGCGUUUAAUGAUGCAUGGGAAGCCAUCCAGUGGAUGGCUUCCCAUGUUACAGAAGAUGGACCCGAAGAUUGGCUUAAUCAAAAGGUAGAUUAUAAUAAGGUAUUUUUAUUGGGGGAUAGUGCGGGGGCCACUAUGGCCCAUCAUCUAGCAUCUCGAGUGUCCCGAUUUUCAAGUCAAGUCAAAAUUCAUGGAAUUGGCCUUAUUCAUCCAUAUUUUUGGGGUUCUAACCCCAUUGGAUUGGAACGAGCUGAUCCAGUAAGGAAAGAGUUGGUAGAUAAAUGGUGGUUAUACGUGUGCCCGUCAAAUAAAGGAUGUGAUGAUCCAAUUAUCAACCCUUUUGUUGACAAAGUUCCGAGUUUGGAUCAAUUUGUGUGUGAGAGGAUGCUUGUGCUAGUUGCGGAGAAGGAUAUAUUGAGAGAAAGAGGGAGACUUUACUAUAAUGCAAUGUUGAAGCAUAAAAAGGUGGAGUAUUUUGAGUCUCUAGGAGAAGAUCAUGUGUUUCACAUCUUCAAUCCUCACUCUGAGAAGGCUAAGGUGUUGAUGUCAAAAUUAGCUUCUUUCAUCAACAACCAAGAGGUGAUAAUUUAG